GGGUUGGAUACUUAUAUGCCAAAUCUAAAAAAACCCUAUCCAUCUUUUCUUCUUCAAUCGCGUUCAAUCCCCCCCUCUCUCUCGCUUUACUGUCGAAGAGGACACUUAACCUCCGGCGUUGUUGAUUGUAGCCGGAGGAGUGAUUAGUCAAAGGUUGUUGGCAAAAAGACGAAGCCCGCCCAAGCCUCGGUUUCGUCUCUUCAAUCGGCGCCUUCUUUCGUGAGUUAUCGAUUGCUUAGCUUUUCUUUGGCCCUUCGAUCUCUCCGGUGCUCUGUACUUCAUUGGAGUCACUGUGUUGACUGGCCGUCGCCGGUCAGUCUUAGGCCUCGAUCAGAACCGCCGCUCCUGUCCUUGAACGCUUCGAGCGCAAGAUUGCAACUACGGGAGGGGAAAUGAAAAAGUACGGGUUGCAACUUAGGGUUCCACCAUCCCAGCAUAAGAAACAAUCAACAAGACCGCCACUUCCUACUCCUCUUGGCUUUCAUGAUGAUGAUGAGGAUGAUGUUGAGAGAGAGAUUUCUCGUCAAGCCACCAAGAACAAGGCUCUCAAAGAUCCAAAAUAUAUUCAAGCACUGAUGGACAAAGCAAAAGAACGGGAGCGUCAACAUGAAAUAAUAUAUGAGAGAAAACUUGCUAAAGAAAGAAACAAAGAUGAUCACCUCUAUGCAGAUAAAGACAAGUUUGUUACUAGUGCGUACAAAAGGAAACUUGCAGAGCAGGCAAAAUGGCUGGAGGAAGAUCGUCUACGAGAACUUCGUGAGGAGAAAGAGGAUGUUACUAAAAAGGGUGACAUUAGUGACUUCUACUUCAACCUUUCGAAAAAUGUUGCUUUUGGUGCCAGAGAGGCUGAGCUGAAGAAACCAGAGAAACAGCAAGAAGUGGUGGUUCAUUCAUCAGAAGUGGUUUCUCCAUCAAGAAGCUUGCGUGUGGACUCCUCUAGGGUGGCAAAGGGGCUUCAAGGUGAGACUUCUAGCGCUCCCCCAGUUGGGGGAAAGUCUGAAUUGGAUGAUGCAAAUCCUGUUUCCAAUGCUUCCUCAGAAGAAAAAACUGAAGCGGAACCACCGAUAAGUGAUCAACCAAAACCUGAUCAUCAUAAAAAAAGUGAAGAUGCUCUGGCUGCUGCUAAGGAACGGUUUUUGGCAAGGAAGAGGGCAAAGGAACAUUAGACACUUUGACAUAAUGUAAUAUGCCCUCGGAUCUUUAGAGCUGCGGACAAAUGGUACUAUCAUUUCUUCUCUGCUUUAGACAUUUAUUUAGGUACUUGUAUUAUAUUUGUAAAGCCUUUUCCUCAAUUUUGUAUUGUUCAAUUUGGUAUCGUUUUUUUAAAAAAAAUACUUUUAUUUAAUAA